CGUCCGCUCGACAAAUUAACGGCGCGCAUCUUCAGCCUAUGAGAGCACGCGAUGACGGUCACCUGGACGGCUCGGUUAAUAGCGCCUACUGGUAUCUCUGCGUCUUCAGACUAUGUGAGCACAUUGUACUCGGGUAGGCGGUUCAGGUUUCGGAACGUGGUCCAUAAUCUGGGGCAUUGCAGAAGUUUAAUCUUAAUACACCUUUCCCCAAGCACUCUGCAUAGAACGAGGUCCAAAUUUUUCCUUCGUCCUCAACUCCAGGACGAGAAGUCCACAUACAAAGUAGCACCGACAGAGUGAAAAUACGAGUCUACAAGUGCUCUGUGGCUUCCACGAUUAGGGUAGUUUUGCAAAGGCAUCGUAGGCUGAUUUCACAGUACGACGGAAGGAGGAAGAUAUCAAGGACAUUACCGUGUACAUGGCGGCCCUCAUCGUGUUCUGGGGAACCAUUAAGUUUCACGAGUUGAAGACCUUUGUCUGUGGCUCGUAGAAUAUCUAGAGUGUGCCAUUUUCAUCAC